AUGGAUGACGAAAUACAGGAAACGGUCGAGUCGAUACUCGGUAAAGGAGUCAAAGUCGUGGAUUGCGAAAAAAAAUCGAGCAUAAGAGAAGAAGAAGUCUUACUGAUAAACGGUUGUCCGAUACCGCUCGAGGGAGAAGAUGGUGCAGCCAUACGCGAUGCUUUGAUACACGGAAACGUACCCAAUUGCGAUUUGCUUAAUCAAAUACUGAUAAGAGCGGGAAUAUUGAAAUCACCCGUUCGAUUGGAAACGAGUUUAAGCGUUAAAUCAUCGGUCGUGACGAGGGAAGAAGUCACGGUCGCCAAAGGUGGUCAAAUAGUGGACGAAAGAACGCGGGAAACCAAAGAGGACAAUUAUUACACGAGUAGCACGUCGGAAGUAUGGGAACCCGUCGGCUACGAACCGUUGCCCCACAAUAAAAAACGUGGGGGAAUCAAAAUAAUCGAAGGGGGAGGGUAUCCGAAAUCGGGUUCGAAUUCUUCGACGUGCAAAAGUUCGUGUUCGUCAUCGUGUUCGUCGUCGUCGUGUAAUCAAACUCAACCUUCCACGUCUACGGACUCUGCUUUUUUCCCAUCGGACACUCAUCAACAUUCCUCGUCCGGAAAUUACGGGAAUUCGUCGAACGUUCGAAUGCCGCCGAAUCGAACGUCUUCCUCCACGUCGGCGGAUUCGGCAAAUUCAUUUUCGGAUUUUCUUCCGACUCACGUCAACGCGUCGUCGUCACCGUUUAUUCCAAACUGCACGAGAAAUCCAAACAUUCCGAAUAUGAAUGAUUCCAACGGUAGAAAAACGUCGUCGUCAUCGACGUCGACGACGACGAAAACGGUUUUAGACUCUUACGGUAACGAAAUAACGAAAAAUCACACGACGGUAGAAAAAUGUCGAAACGAUCAUCAUUUUAAUUAUAAUGAUAAUAAUAAUUCGCGUAAACAAAAUGGCGGUGAACGUACAAACGUCGGAUGUCCGAAUCACGAAAUGGUCAAUGGAUUUACAAAGAUUCGUCUGGAUGAUUUUUCAUCCGGUGCCGAGAAAAACAGACGAAUCCAAUAUGGCGCAGUUGGUUGGGGGGAGGGUGGGAAAAGCGAAAAGAAAAAAAAAUGUCCAGCAAAUGUGUCAAACAUGAAUAAAUGUAUGAGAAGAAUCGGUUUGGAUUUGUUAAUAUCGUAA